GUUCUUUGAGUAUGCCCGCAAACUCGUUUCUCUACGCUGUACUCACCAUCUGUUCACCGUAUGCAGCGGUAGCACAGCUGCAGAAGACGUUUGCUCGAGUUUCGAAAACUAUCUAUCUUCAUUUAUCUCUACUUAUUGGCUCGUCACAGUACUAUGUCUUCGUCUCUUGGAUACCCCUCUGUUGGGCACAGGGUGCUCGAUAUCCCGGAAAUUAUAGAACAGAUCCUACAAUACCUGGAUGUCAAGAAUAACAUUCGCAAUGCAGCUGUUUGCAAACGUUGGCGUGACAUUGCUCUUAAUCUUGCCUGGAGGCAUGUAUCUGACAUUGUCUUGCUCUUCCACGCAUUGGCACCACUGGUUCGCGUUGAGCCAGGGGACGGGAAUGCCUACCAGACAUUUAAUUUCGCCCGGCCUCUUCGGGCCAGCGACUGGGAGCACUUCAGAAAAUUCGCCUUUCGCGUGCGAUCAUUGACUUACGGCAGCCAUUUUGGCCCUAUACGCAGGGAUCUCAGCGUUCUCGCCUUUGAUGAAGUUGCUCGCAAUCGUCCCCCAUUCAAUGUUCUUCCUGCGAUCCUACCUCACCUGCAAGAAUUGGAAUGGCUUCCUCACCAGUUCGGCCGGCUCGAAUAUUCGCUAAUGUUCAUGCAUGACAAGAUGACCAAGUUUACCGUUGAACUCUUCAAAGAGGAUCCAUAUCCUAUACAAUCCCUGUUUGACGAAAUCCGUUUGAGGAUGCCGGACCUUCUCCAUCUUGAUUUGCGAUUUGUGUUUUCCAUGCGUGACAUAGAAGACGACGCGGUUGCGCUUUUCGGAGCGCUCACAAAGCUGAAGAAGAUCAUCCUCCCCGUCUUCACUAUCACUAGUGGAGUCAUGGAGGCGCUGUCCAAGCUACCUAAUCUAGGGACGGUCCAGUUUGAGUAUGUCGAUUGGCAAGGCAAAGGCGAUUGUAAUGACGUACUUCCCUUCGCCCCUCGGCUCGAAGAUGGCGCCUUCCCAUCGUUGUGGGACCUCUCGCUCAGUACGACUAUCCGCGACAUCGCAACUUUCACAACGGCGGAUUUCGCGCCUACGAAUAUAACUCAUCUCUAUAUUCAUGUCCUUGAUACCGCAUCGCCCUCCGAACUCAACCAAUUCCUCAUCGCCAUAUCCGAAAAUUGCCAACUCUUGACGGACCUGUAUAUCACUAUGACCAAAUACCCUGCUUAUACACCAGAGGAUAUUGCCCCAUCAGGAAGUGGUCCUACUUGGGAAACAUUGAAGCCGCUGCUAUCGUGUCCCAAUUUGGUGCAUUUCCAGCUUGUUUGGGACCAGCCAGUCAAGAUGACGCAGGAGAACAUGGAGGAAUUGGCGGUCAAAUGGCCUUCCCUUGAGGUCCUCUAUCUCAAUUGCGAACCAUUGUUCCCAAUCGAGGACUCAACCUUGACUCUUCGAGCACUUCUUCCGCUUGCACGCCAUUGUCCCAAAUUACGGGAAUUGGGGUUGUAUGUGUCAACCGAUGGGCAUGAUUUGUCCACAAAGGACGGAUCAACAGUCAUGCCUUUCAAGAAUCUCAAGGUGCUCAACUUCGGUCUCUCAAGAAUUUCCGAUCCCAAUCCAGCGGCCUUAUUCCUUAGCGAGAUCUGUCCGUUAGGAUGCGAUGUCGUGAGUGGCGUGACCUGGCCAGACGACCUCAGCCCUAGCCUCGAAAGUGAAGAACAGACGUCUGAUUGGCCACAACACUGGGAAGAGGUGGGCAAGUUGCUGCCAAUUUUGACAACCUUGCGAAUGGAAGAAGGAGCGAAGCGGAAAGCUUUGGAAAAGGAGGUCGGAGAGUUGCGCAAGCAAUGUAGGGCACUGGCGAUGAGUGCAAUUGGUCAUGAGAAUGCAGUGACGAGUGGUCUGGGUCCCAAUGAUUCCUGCAUCCUGCUGUAAAUGGACUAGCGUGGGGUGAGUUAGUUAUUAUGAUUGCUAUCAAACAAGCUUCAACACGGCGUACUGAUUACCUGUUAACAGGUCCAGCUUUCGGCCGUCUUGGAGAAGCCCUACAGCGAUAACAUUGUCUUGUUGCGUCUUGGACGGUGUCAGCUGGUGUCCAAGAAUGAACAAGAAUGAACAACCGUGUAUUCACUGUGCGUCAACAAAUAGCCGUGCUAGCCGCGCACAAAGGUUUCAGGGAUAGGAUUGACACUUGAGCGUUUGCUUUGCUUGCAGGACACGCCCGAACAGCGUGGUCGUGGGUGUGGCGAGAGCUAAGCCUAUAGCUUCGCAUGGAUCUUGCAGGGCUGUUAUUUUGUUUUACGACCGACAUGCCGACUUGAAGAGGUGUAGUGUGUACGUUUGGUUCCGUGUACUAAGCACUUCAGAUCUGUACAAUGGGGUUGAUACUGGCUUGGGAUAUCAGCUCUGGAUGGGCGUCGGCAACUAAGCAAACAAGAACUUCUAUAUUUCAGUGAUAUUUCCGACCGACGUCUUCACGGAACAUUUUCAUCAGCAGAGAACACCGGCUGAGUCGCCGAGAAAAUUCACCGGCAGGGCGGUGUUUAGGUCAUUAGUAACCGUUCGGCCAUUCAAACGGGAAUGAGGCCCUUUCAGGCCGAAUCGUUUAGCAGAAGGAUAUAUACCUUUCACCAUGACUAGUAGAACAAAUAUAUUCCACUUCUGCUUAUC